AAAGCUCAUCCCGCUAGCUAGGUUGGGGAGCGAAGUGUAGUUGCCCACGAUGGCUGUGGGAAAGAACAAGCGGAUUUCGAAGGGCAAAAAGGGAGGAAAGAAGAAAGUGGUCGAUCCCUUCUCGAAGAAGGACUGGUAUGAUGUCAAGGCUCCCUCCAGUUUCACCAGCCGCAACGUUGGCAAGACUCUGGUGACCAGAACACAGGGAACCAAGAUCGCUUCAGAUGGCUUGAAGGGUCGCGUCUUCGAGGUGUCUCUGGCCGAUCUUCAGACCAACGAGGCAGACGCCUUCAGGAAGAUCAGGCUACGCGUGGAGGAUGUGCAAGGCCGCAACUGCUUGACCAACUUCUGGGGCAUGGACUACACCACGGACAAGCUGCGCUCGCUGGUGCGCAAGUGGCAGACGCUGAUUGAGGCCCAGGUGGACGUCAAGACCACCGACGGCUACCUGCUGCGCAUGUUUGCCAUCGCCUUCACCAAAAAGCGCACUGGCCAGGUCAAGAAGACUGCAUACGCACAGAGCAGCCAGAUCAGGCAGAUCCGCAAGAAGAUGGUGGAGAUCAUGACCAGGGAGGCGUCCUCCUGCGAUCUGAAGGAGCUGGUGGGCAAGUUCAUCCCUGAGGCCAUUGGCAAGGAGAUUGAGAAGGCCACACAGGGCAUCUACCCACUGCAGAACACGGCGAUCAGGAAGGUGAAGAUCCUGCGCGCCCCCAAGUUCGACCUGACCAAGCUGCUCGAGGUGCACGGUGACUACAGCGAAGAGGCCGGCGCCAAGAUUGCUGAGAAGCCCGCCGAGGAGAUCCCCGGCGCCGCCACUGCUGAGGCCUAGGCCGGGUUUCUUCCGCUGAGCCGCCUGGCCGGCACAACAGAGCGAGUUGGCUCUGGCCGGCUGCGCACUCCCUGCUCGGAGCACUUGUGCUAUGCAGUGCGUGCAGAUGUCAUUGAUUGGGAUUUGCAUGGGCAAUGGUAGCUUGUGCGGCUUGUCUCAAGCGACGAUAAUUCUGUGCUGUUCGCUGCACGACAGCUGCCUUCCAAUUGGGUUCAUUCUGUCCUGUGAUUGCCCGUUCUUGGCAUUACGAACACAUUACUGUGGUUUGGUGUACGUGUGUAUUGCCGGAGCUGUGUCAAUCUGAAAUACACACGACUAGCCUAGGAUGCUGUAACACACGUGGUCAUGAC